AAGUGAUUCUUAGCGCGGGGAAAGCAAGUGUUCCCGGGGUAUAAAAUCAGUUACACCAUGGGGGGAAUCAUCCAGUGAAGUCUGGACUGCGACUUGAUUGCAACACAUUCUUUUUAUAAUGAAAAUUUUGCUCCCGACGCUAUUUCUGGGGCUGUUUGCCCUGGUUCUAUGCGAGAAGGAAGUGGAAAAAAAGGUGUCAGUGGAUGAGAAAAAAGUGGACGGAGGUAAAAAACAAGAGAAACGAGGCCUCUAUGGAUUGGAAGGAGGCGAUGGAUAUGGAAGUUAUUACGGAGGUGAUGGUGGUGGUGACGAUUAUGGUGGCGGUGGUGGUGACAUUGGCGGAGGUCACGGCUGGGAACCAAGCAUUGGUAGCGGCGGUAACGGUGGCGGUCACGAGGAUCACGGAAAAAUAAAACAAAUAACAAUUGAAAAAACCAUUAAAGUACCAGUGCCUGUGGAAAAAACAGUCCACGUACCAGUUGAAAAACAUGUGCCCUAUCCAGUCAAGGUACAUGUACCACAACCAUACCCCAUUGAAAAACAUAUACCCGUACCAUAUAAAGUUUAUGUGAAGGUACCAGUGCACAUUCCACAACCCUAUCCAGUUGAGAAAAAAGUUGGUUAUCCCGUUCAUGUACACGUAGAGCGUCCAGUGCCCUAUAAAGUUUAUGUACCAGCACCAUAUCCGGUUGAAAAGGAAAUUCAUUAUCCCGUUAAAGUGCCAGUUCCACAACCGUUCCCUGUUGAAAAACCAAUUCCCUAUCCUGUGAAGGUACCUGUUCAUGUACCAGCACCAUUUCCGGUUGAGAAAAAAAUUCAUUACGCCGUGAAGGUACCAGUUGAACGUCCCUAUCCUGUACAUAUCGCUAAACCAUAUCCAGUUCCUGUUGAGAAGAAAGUACCCUAUAUUGUCGAGAAGAAAGUACCAUAUCCAGUGAAGGUACAUGUGGAAAAACCAGUACCAUAUCCAGUGGAAAAACCAGUUCCGGUAAAGGUAAAAGUUCCAGUACCAGCGCCCUAUCCAGUGGAAAAAGAGAUACCAGUCAAAGUUUUCAAGGAGGUACCAUAUCCCGUUAAGGUACCAGUGGAACGACCUGUGCCUGUACAUGUCACGAAACAUGUUCAUGUUCCUGUACACAAGCCAGUUCCAUAUGCGGUUAAAGUGCCGGUACCAGUACACAGUUAUGGUGGUCAUCAUGAGGAUGUUGGUUCAUCAUCAACAUAUGAGGGAAAUUAUGAAUCAAGUUUUGGUGGCGGAGGUGGACAUUCGGAGCAUGAUGCAUCUGAAUUUGGAAGCUAUUGAAGAUAACAGUGACGGUUGCCAUUGAGCUCGUUUAAAGAAAAAUAAAGAAAGAAAAAAAAAGCAAAUAUGUUUCGUGGCCUGCUAUGGAAACGGUUGCUAUGAUAACGGUUGCUAUGGAAACGGUUGCCAUGCUAACGGUUCCUAUGGAAACGGUUGCUAUAGAAACGGUUGCUAUGGUAACUGUUACCAUGGCAACCAUAGGAGUGUACGACAUACGGACGAACGCCAAAGCGAAACUAUAAAGCUUUCGGGUCUGAGUCACGAAACCCUCAAAAAAAAAAAAAAAAAAAACGUAACAAUUUAAAAAACUGAUUUUUUUUCACUUCACGGAAGUCAUAAAGAAAACCCUGUGAUACUUUUUUCUCAAGAUAAGUGCAACAAUAAUCGAGUCACUCGUCCGUGGUUUCUUUCUUCUUUUUCAUUUCAAAGAAGCGUCUUUCUUCUUCUUUGAAGAGUAAUUUCUUUUCAAGCAUAAUUUCUUUGUACAAAAAAAAUUAUCCUUUUUUCCUAUAUAACUUUCUUCGUUUUUGAAAGAGAUUUGGAAAAAGUAUUUGUUUUUUAAAGCCAUCUUCAAAGAAGAAUCGUUUUAUUUUUUCUUGUUCAAAGAAGAGUUAAAAAAAAUCAUUCGAAUUCUUCUUCAUUAAAAAAAAAACCAUUUAUUUCUUCUUUUCUAAAAGUUCUUCUUUAAAAUUAAAACUGUUUCUUUUUCAACAUACGAAAAAUUUCUCUUUUGAAAUAAUUUUGCUUUCUUUUUUCAAAAAAAAAUUUCUUCAAGAAGCAAGAAAUUUUUAUUAUUAAAAUAAAAGCGAAAAAAAUUAAUUUUUCUAAAAAAAAGAGAAACGCUGACUCUUCUUCUUCGUCAAAAGAGAAGAAAAAAAAUUUAAGUCUAUGUAUAAUUUUGUUUAUUCACUGGUGAAUUAUUUAUGCGACUAAUUUAAAUUAAUCGACUUCUUAUUAUGGGGUGACAAAUAAAGAAAUUUUUUCAGUGAAUAGACAAAAAUUAUACAAGGGACGAGUGUAUAAAAAUCGAUCACUGAUGUUCACUUAUAUUGUAAUAAAAGAUUUAUAAAUGCUCCAUAAAGCAAAUGAAGACAUUUUUUUCCGAAUCAAUGGUAAUCGAUUGUAAUUUAUAAGUAGAAAAAACAUUGUAAAAUAUAUUUUGUAAUUUUUUUUUUUAUAUAUAUAUUUUCCUAUAUAGAGACAAGAUAAAAAUUCGAAUACAUUGUAUAUUAUUUAGAAUGAAUCGCUAUUUUUUAAUUAUACUGCCAGUAUGUCUGCACAAAAUUCUUCGCCUUAUUUUUGCGUUGAUAAAUUUUUUGUAGCAUCUCAAUUCGUUCUCGUUUUAUAUAUAUUAUAUUUUUUUUUAUAAUAAAAACCAAAGAUAAAAGAAA